UCUCUCUCUCUCUCUCUCUCUCCCAAGGCCCGCGAAUCGCUAACGCUUGAUCUGUUUCUUCCCUUCUUUUUAUGACAUUAAUCCUGUCGGAUCCUGCUCUCCACACCUCUGAAAAUGGCGGAUGCAAAUGCCGAACCAGCCGCUGGUUCUUCGAGCUCAAAUGAGAGCGGUACUCAGAUCGAGCCGAUCCGGAUGCCAACGAUAGAGGAGAUCCGAGCCCAAGAGGUUUGGAACAACUGCGCCGUCAAAAGUGUAGCUAGUGGAGUCAUGGGAGGAGGGCUUGGGUUGAUGAUGGGUUUGUUCUUGGGAGCAUUGGAUAAUCCUAUAACGAAUGAUACCAUGACUGGUAGGCAGCAGUUUGUGUUCACUGCUAAACAAAUGGGGUCAAGGAGUUGGAGUUCUUGCAAGACUUUUGCGGUUAUGGGUUUGGUUUUCUCUGCUGCUGAAUGCAUUAUCGAGAAGGCAAGGGCGAAGCAUGACACAACAAACACUGCUUUUGCUGGAUGUGUGACCGGUGGCUCAAUGUCUGCCCGAGGUGGGCCAAAAGCUGCGUGUAUAGGUUGCGCUGGCUUUGCAACUUUCUCUGUACUCAUAGAGAAGUUCUUCGACAGGCAUACGUAAACCAACAGUAUCUCUAACAAACGCCACUGGUGGGAAUUGUUUAGCUGUUUCCUUUCUGUGAUUUUGAUACAGUUCAUCACCUGAGCACAGUGAGAGGGAAAUCUAGAAUUACAUUUUUCAAACAUAGAAGAAAGUGAAGUUUGUUUUGAUUGAAUAUUUGUUCAGUUAUUGUUGUUAUUUAUCAUAGAUUUGGUAACACUCCAUGCUCCAAUAUUACCGUGUUCCUCAUAAAAUAAGAGCAUGUCUUGUACCUUCAGAGAUUGAACUUCAGAUCCACAGAUAUACAAUAUUCAAAGCCUUUUUCUUUA